AUGGCACUGCUGAAAGUCAAAUUCAACCAGAAGAAACGGGUAAAACUAGCCCAGGGACUAUGGCUCAUGAACUGGUUUUCAGUGUUUGCUGGAAUCAUUGUUUUUAGCAUGGGGUUGUUCCUCAAAAUUGAGCUCCGGAAGCGAAGCGAAGUGAUGGACAAUUCUGAAAGCCAUUUUGUGCCCAAUUCUUUGAUAUUGAUGGGUAUAUUAUCCUGCGCCUUCAAUGGUUUUGCUGGCAAAAUUUGUUACGAUUCUCUGGAUCCCGCUAAAUUUGUCAAGUGGAAGCCUUUGCUGAAACCUUACCUGGCACUAUGUUUCUUCUUCAACAUACUCCUCUUCUUGGUCGCUCUGAUCUGCUUUCUCAUGCGGGGCUCCCUGGAGAGCACGCUGGCUCAGGGGCUGAAGAACAGCAUGAAGUUCUACCGGGACACAGACACCCCUGGAAGAUGCUUCAUGAAGAAGACAAUUGACAUGCUCCAAAUCGAGUUCAAGUGCUGUGGGAACAAUGGCUUCAAAGACUGGUUUGAAAUUCAGUGGAUCAGCAACAGAUACCUGGACUUCAGCUCCAAAGAAGUGAAAGAUCGAAUCAAAAGCAAUGUGGAUGGACGGUACCUGGUUGAUGGUGUCCCCUUCAGCUGCUGCAACCCCAGCUCCCCAAGGCCCUGCAUCCAGUACCAGGUCACCAACAACUCGGCUCACUACAGCUAUGACUACCAGACGGAGGAGCUCAACCUCUGGGGCCGUGGCUGCCGGGAGGCCCUCCUGCACUACUACAGCAGCAUGAUGAGCUCCAUGGGUGCUGUCGUCCUCCUCGUCUGGCUUUUUGAGAUGUCCGUGAUGGUUGGCUUGCGUCUUUUGCACACCUCUCUGGAAAGCAUCACAAAUCCUGAAGACCCUGAGUGUGAAAGUGAAGGGUGGAUUCUAGAGAACAGCCUGAAAGACACUCUGAAGUCUGCAUUGGAGAGCUUGAAAAAGAUUGGUAAGUUCAAUCAGGUGGAAGCAGGUGCCGAAGGGGCUGAAGGAGAAGAAGCUGGGAAGACUCCAGCCAUCACAACAGUCAGUUGA